ACAGGAUGGGGUGCGUGAAGUCCAGGUUCCUCCGGGAUGGAGGCAAGGUCUCAAAAACGGAGCCCAACACCAGCCCACACAGCCCUUUGUAUGUGCCGGAUCCCACGUCCUCGGGCAAGCGGUGGCCUGACAGUAGCAACGGCAACCCACCAGGGUCCACAGAGGCAGGUUCUGAGGAGAUCACUGUGGUUGCCUUGUAUGAUUACGAGGCCAUUCACCAUGAAGACCUCAGUUUCCAGAAGGGGGACCAGAUGGUGGUCCUGGAAGAAUCUGGGGAGUGGUGGAGAGCACGAUCCCUGGCUACCCGGAAAGAGGGCUACAUCCCAAGCAACUACGUUGCCCGAGUCAACUCUCUGGAGACAGAGGAGUGGUUCUUCAAGGGCAUCAGCCGGAAGGAUGCAGAGCGCCAACUCCUGGCCCCUGGCAAUGUGCUGGGCUCCUUCAUGAUGCGGGACAGCGAGACCACCAAAGGGAGCUACUCUUUGUCCGUGCGAGACUACGACCCCCAGCACGGGGACACAGUGAAACAUUAUAAGAUCCGGACCCUGGACAACGGGGGCUUCUACAUCUCCCCCCGGAGCACCUUCAGCAGCCUGCAGGAGCUGGUGGCCCACUACAAGAAGGGGAGCGACGGACUCUGCCAGAAGCUGACAGUGCCCUGCAUGUCCUCCAAACCCCAGAAGCCUUGGGAGAAAGAUGCCUGGGAGAUCCCCCGGGAGUCCCUCAGGCUGGAGAAGAAACUUGGAGCUGGGCAGUUUGGGGAAGUCUGGAUGGCCACCUACAACAAGCACACCAAGGUGGCCGUGAAGACGAUGAAGCCCGGGAGCACGUCUGUGGAGGCAUUCCUGGCAGAAGCCAACCUGAUGAAAACUCUGCAACACGACAAGCUGGUGAAGCUGUAUGCCGUGGUCACGGAGGAGCCCAUCUACAUCAUCACAGAGUUCAUGGCCAAAGGCAGCCUGCUGGACUUCCUGAAAAGUGAAGAAGGCAGCAAGCAGCCAUUGCCAAAACUCAUCGACUUCUCAGCCCAGAUUGCAGAAGGCAUGGCCUUCAUCGAGCACAGGAACUACAUCCACCGAGACCUCCGAGCCGCCAACAUCUUGGUGUCUGCGUCCCUGGCGUGCAAGAUUGCUGACUUCGGCCUGGCGCGGAUCAUAGAGGACAACGAGUACACAGCUCGGGAAGGGGCCAAGUUCCCCAUCAAGUGGACAGCUCCUGAAGCCAUCAACUUUGGCUCCUUCACCAUCAAGUCAGACGUCUGGUCCUUUGGUAUCCUGCUGAUGGAGAUCGUCACCUACGGCCGGAUCCCUUACCCAGGGAUGUCAAACCCCGAGGUGAUCCGGGCACUGGAGCGGGGGUACCGGAUGCCUCGACCAGAGCACUGCCCCGAGGAGCUCUACAACAUCAUGACUCGUUGCUGGAAGAACCACCCCGAGGAACGGCCCACCUUCGAAUACAUCCAGAGUGUCCUGGAUGACUUCUACACGGCCACCGAGAGCCAGUACCAACAGCAGCCAUGACGAGGGGUGGCCAGGCGGGGCCAGGCACUGAGGCCAUGCCUGCGCAGUGGCUCCAGUGCCAUCUGCCCAGCACCCGCUCACCUU